CAAUUCUCAUGCUAUUUAUUUGAAAGAAGAAAUCCACUUCUCCCACCACCAGUUCUUCCUUCCUUAAAUCCCCAAAUUCUCAAUCUCCUCUCUGUAAACCCUAAUCUUCGACCUAUUAAAUACUCAAUGACUUCUUUCAGGUCAUCUAUUUCAUUGACAUCUAUAGAUGGACAACACAAGGCAUUAGCAGAAGUUGGUGAGAUUCAUGUCAUUGUGGGCCCUAUGUUCGCCGGAAAAACCACUGCUCUCCUCCGUCGGAUUAAGUCUGAAAGCAGCAAGGGCAGAAAUGUGGCAAUGAUAAAAUCAGCCAAGGAUACAAGAUAUGCUAAGGAUUCAGUUGUUACACACGAUGGCUUGAAGUUUCCUUGUUGGGCGUUGCCUGAUCUAACAUCCUUUCAACAUAAGUUUGGGGAUGACGCUUAUCAAAAGCUUGAUGUCAUUGGUAUUGAUGAAGCUCAAUUUUUUGAAGAUCUUUAUGAUUUCUGCUGCAAGGCUGUUGAUCAUGAUGGAAAAACUGUAAUUGUGGCAGGCCUUGACGGAGAUUAUUUGAGGAGAAGCUUCGGUUCUGUGCUUGACAUAAUUCCUCUUGCUGAUACUGUAACCAAGUUGACUGCAAGAUGUGAACUCUGCGGCAAACGAGCCUUCUUUACCUUAAGGAAGACUGCAGAGACCCAAACAGAACUGAUUGGUGGUGCUGAUGUCUAUAUGCCAGUUUGCCGGCAACAUUAUAUGAAUGGACAAGUAGUCAAGGAAGCUGCAAGAAAUGUCUUGGAAUCAUGUAAAGUUCAAGCCAACUCACAUUCUGAGAUAACUACAGUUGUGUAGUUAAACUGCUCAGUUCCUAACAAGCUAAUUGUGCUUUAUUAUUUGCCUAUAGUUUUUUUUCCCUUUUUUUUUUUUUUUUUUUUGGAAGUAAGUUAUCUAUAGUUUUUAUGCUAUGUUGCAACUUUGUUGAAUUUACUGAACAGCCAAUGCUACUCUCAGUAUAUGUAUAUUGUUAUUAUAUAUAGAAUGGGUUUUCUGGUAAA